GAAGUUUGGCUGCGCGUCACGUCACCACCUCGAUCCCGUUCCGCCAUCUUAACUUCUGUGCAUUUGGACGUUUGGACGAUGGAUUUUGAAUUUUGUCUCUCAACAGUGAUGUAAACAGGGUUGGAGACUUUCACAAGAAUUAGUUCUCAAAGCGUACAAUUAUACCCAAAGCUAAAAGGAAUAACCAUCUUCCAAAAUGUCUGGACGGAAGGAAGAGCUGGAGAAAAAGAAGGCGAAGCUUCAAGCUAUUCGCGAGGAGAAGGAGAGGAGAAGAAGAGAAAAAGAGCAGAAGGAUAUGGAAGAUGCCGCUACCAGAGCUCAGUAUGGAGAAAAAGAAAAAGACCAAAGAAAGGAACUAGAAGACAUGUUAACAUCUUUAGGAAUUGCACCACCCUCCGAUGUUUUGUCAAGUUUAUCAAGUAUGCCAUCAUUAUCAGCUGAACACAGUGAUAAUGCCACACCUGAUACAAGCCUCACACUAAAUUCAGCAUCCCCUAUCACACCUGCCAGUAAAAAGAAAUCAACCCAACUGAGUGUAGUUACUGUACAGUCAACUACCAUUGCCCCUAAGGAAACAGUUACCUAUGCUAAACAGACACAGACUGUUACUGCAAGUGGUCAUGAGCGAGACGGAUCUUCUUCCUCCUCUUCUCCGUUGAAAGGAUACUUCGAGGACUGGUGGAGGCCGCGCAAAGCUCACGCCUUCGACUAUUACGACGAGUACAAUCUAAACCCUGGUUUAGAAUGGGAGGAUGAGUUCACAGCGGAAGAAGAAGAAAGCUCCUUGCCUCACAUGGAUGGUGGGCGUGGCGGCGGUGCAUUCCAUGGAAAGCUGCCUCCGGGAAUCCUACCUCAUGGACUGCCCCAAGUGAAAGACGUACAACCUGCCCAGACACCUCUAGAACAACAAAAGGAAGAAAAGAAAAAAGAAGUGCGAGAAUUGAGUGAGGAUGAAAAGCAGAUGAUAAUUUUGUCUGAAGAUUUCCAACGAUUUGUAGACCGAGCUGGUCGCAUAGUGGAACGGGCUCUUGGAGAAUCGACUGAUAUCUACAUAGACUACACUGGAGUAGAUGAUGGAGAUGAAGCUGGUGAUGACAAGUCCAACCUUCGUCUUUCUCUGAACCGCUUUUUCCAUGAUGAGAGGUGGUCUCGCAAUAGACCUGUAACGUCUAUGGACUGGUCACCUCAAUUUCCAGAACUUCUUGUAGCAUCCUAUCAAAAUAAUCCAGAUUCUCCAAAUGACCCAGAUGGUGUCUGCCUUGUAUGGAACACUAAAUUCAAGAAAACUACCCCAGAGUAUAUUUUUCAUUGUCAAUCUCCAGUCAUGGCAGCAUCUUUUGCACGAUUUCAUCCUAAUCUCAUUCUGGGUGGCACAUACUCUGGUCAAAUUGUGGUCUGGGAUAAUAGAGUCCAAAAACGCACACCCAUUCAGCGGACACCAUUGUCAGCUGCAGCACACACUCAUCCAGUGUAUUGUUUGAAUGUUGUGGGGACACCCAAUGCACACAAUCUGCUCAGUAUAUCUACAGACGGCCGGUUGUGUUCAUGGAGCUUGGACAUGCUUUCUCAGCCGCAAGAAACGAUGGAGCUGCACCAUCCGCGGCAAUCUAAAACUGUUGCGGUGACAUGCAUGGCUUUCCCCAACAACGAAGUUAAUAAUUUCAUUGUGGGAAGUGAAGAAGGAGCUGUGUUUUCAGCUUGUCGCCAUGGAACAAAGGUUGGUGCUAUUGAGCAGUAUGAUGGGCAUCAAGGCCCCAUCACUGGAAUUUCUACUCAUGCUGCACAGGGUGGAGUAGACUUCUCAAAUCUAUUUCUUACCUCCUCAUUUGACUGGACGGUCAAACUGUGGACAACUAAGGAAACUAAGCCUUUAUAUUCAUUUGAAGAUAAUGGUGACUAUGUUUAUGACGUUGCCUGGUCUCCAUCACAUCCAGCAUUGUUUGCUUCUGUUGAUGGAUGUGGCCGAUUAGAUUUAUGGAAUUUGAAUCAGGAUACAGAAGUUCCAAUGGUGACUGCCGUGGUUGAGGGAAGCCCUGCUCUGAACAGGGUUUCGUGGACACCUUCUGGUCUUCAUGUGACUGUUGGUGAUGACCAAGGAAAAAUAUGGGUUUAUGAUGUGGGCGAGCAAUUGGCUCACCCACGACAUGAUGAAUGGAACCGAUUUGUCUACACACUUCAGGAGCUGAAGAGUAAUCAAACUGAUGAGGAGAUGGAAAAAUUAAGUGGGAGUGCUGUAAGUGGCCCAAAUAGUUUAUCAAGUUUAGCCUCAAUAGCUUCACGGUAGGACUUUUUAGAAGAUACAUGAAAGUGAUGUGUACUUAGUCAUAAUAUUCACUCACAGUCAUUCCCUGUUACAUCAAUUAACAAUGUUAAGCUUUUAAAAGCACAUUUGUUUAAAUUUUUGAUUACUUGCUUACAUCAUCAUUAUUGUGCAAGUUUGUUGCUGUUAGUGUUAAUAUGUGCAGUAUAACACAAAUUCUUUAUAAUUAUUUAUUGUUGAUCUACAUUUGUAAAUCCAUUAAGAUCAAUGUGCUUUGCUAACACUGGUUGUUUAAUUUUAUGUGCUGUGAGCAUAUUAAAUGUCUCUCUGAAGAAUUCUCAGUUCUUUUUCAGAAAACUUGUGCUAUAAAGAAAAUAAAUUAAGCUUCUUUA